GCUGUUAUGACGACGAAAUUUUCGUUCACCGAACGCACAGUCUCUUGCAAGAUAGUUCCAGUUAUUCACGCGAUGUUAUCGAAACAAGUACACCCCAGCUCAGUGUCUUCGGAUGCUGGGCGCUUCUUUGCGCUGCUGCUCGUUGCUGUGUGCCUCGUUGGCAGUGCCUUUGCCCUGAACUGCAAAAUAUGUCACUCGACCGGAGAUUACGAGGCGUGCUUGCGUAGCUCGUCCGCACCCUGCACCGUGUCACUCGUGAACACAACGCAUCUGUUCCUGGCCUCAGCAAAUCCAACCUUACGAAACGUGACGUUCGUCGGCGUGCCACAGUUCCAGUGCUUUCAGGUGAACUACACUGUCGGGGUGAUGUGGCACUAUCAGAUGGGCUGCACCUACGCCACCACCAAGAUCUGUGAGGGUUGGCGAGCGGCCAGCAAGUGUCUUACAACUACGUCGAACGUGAUGGGUGUACCGGGCCGUGUAAGGCCUCCGCACAUUGCCGAUUACAACCCGCACGGUCCUCCAGUGAUGAUCCAUCCGGUGCAUCAGGGUCACCCGGUACAGCACCCAGCGGCAACGGGGCGUAACACUAAGUCGGCAUCUGCCAGCAACGCUAUGGCCGUGGAAUGUUUAGUGCUGGCGAUGGUGGUGGGUUGGGCGAUCAGAAAGAUGCUAGGACACUACUGAUCGCGUUAAAUCGCACCUCUAUAUUAAAAUAAAGUAUUCCUUCGUAUUUCUACAUCUCAUAUCA